GAAGUUACAAACCACUACCGCUUAUGGUAGACUCAAUCACACUUUCCAGCACACUUAUAAGAGCAAGUGCCACGCUGCGUUGCUCUCCUUAUUAUUAUUCUUCAUACUAUCUCUCUCGUAAAACGUAUGUGUUUCUCCUCAUGUCUUCUUAACGAGUUAAGGAAAUGAUCUGGCCUUUUCCUUGCGCGCUGCUUUCAAUUCUACUAGUCCUCUGAUAUUUCUUCCCAUUUGGUUUUUAUUCUCUCCCUUUUUCUUCUGCAGGGAAAGAUCAACAUGAGCCACGGCACACGUGUCGGAAAUCUCUCUCCUCUCACAGCAUUCCGUUAUAUUGAGUACAUCGAUGAAUUGUUCACGCCCCAUUGUAGACAUCGGACCACACCACUCUUUCGACGCGCUGGAGUAGGCUUAUCUGUGCUGAUGCAACGAACUCACUGACACUAUUCGAUGGAGUGGCCUCCAAAAACCGCACCAGCUAAGCGUUCUCGAUUUACAGGAGAGCGCAACACAAAUCAUCUCACUGAGGCCGACGAGUCGUGCGAUGUUGCAGAAGCUCAACCUCCGCGGACGCAAGAAAUGAGUAGCAUCUCUUUUCUGCGAGUUUCUUGGGAAACCGCGAUCUUUAAUCUGAUGGAUGCGCAUGUGGCCGCUCUCACCCUGCUCAUCGUUGACAGCCAACCUUAAAUUGUUGUUCCUUUAGAGUUGAAAACUAGACGGCGUAUCCAUUCGAAAGGAGACCUCACGUAUCGUCUUUUGGUUUUGUUUGUGUCUGUGUUGCUACGUGUCAGUCAUCAAAGUUGCUUUCGAUUCAACACUUUCCAUCACGGAAGGUAUCAGAGCUUCGAUUGUGUUAUGUUUUAAUAGUCGACUUACACCUGAGUUCAGUGAUACCGUUGACGUUGAAACACCAGGGCCGCCUUUACGUGACGGGCGGUUGCUCGCCUUCACAUCAUGCAGAAAAGGUAUUCCUUGCUUUCUCCUUGCUCUGUUGCGUGCGUUUUUUGCCAGUACAUGAUCCUGCAUGACAACGGUGCUGUCCUCGCUGAAAGGACGCAAAUACUCAAACACCUUACAAUAGAUGCGGUGAGGCCGCGUGUGGUCACGUGUGCCCUGCUUUACAAACAAGUCGUUUGAGAGCAAGGGUGCGGUGACUUCAACUUCAUUGCGCCCUACCUUUUAAAUCAGAUUCAACGGAUGUAUCGGAGAAGCUCUUAACGACGAUGCUACACUCUGUGGAAACGAUGGCGCAAGGAACAUUUGUUCUCGUGCAUUUGUGCAUUUACUGUGCAUCGCAUCGGAGUCGUUUUCUUCAUUGUGUGAUUUGCGAAGAGCCAUCUAUCAAGGAAAGACGGCUGGAAAGGUGUUUUUUUUUACGGAACAGUACGUGUCUUUCGAAAACCAACGCUGGGCUGCAGUUUCUUGUGUGUGUGCCUGAGAGCAGAUGUCAAGAAAACCAGGUUCGAUGCGUUUUUGAUGAGGUGGUAAACAGACUGCGCAUCACGUCUGUACAUGACACCUGCAUGCUGUAUGAGUUGAGUGUGUGUUGUCUCGAAGCCUCAUCCUCAGUGGCUGACGUCGCAUUCUGA